UGUGGGGUAAUAGUGAGAUUUAAGAGCGGCAUUAAAGAAACAGCUUAGAAAUAGCACUUAAAAGUGUAAUAUUAUUAAUAAAUAAAAUUAUUACGUUGACCAGCCGUGCCUCCAAGCCCCGCCCACCCGAACUCAUCUGAUCUAUUACACUCAUGCUUUGAUAGGAGCGGAACAGAAAUGGCGUCGCGAGCACUGUACUCGCCUAGGCAUCCAGUGCUGAAGAAGCGGGAUGAUUUUGAAGACGUUCUGGAAGAGAGAAGACGCUCCAGUGAUCUGAGAUACGCACUGAGAUGCUACACUCCCACACUCUAUAAAGGACUCGUGCCCUGCAAGGUCAGCAUGCUGAAGAGCAUCGUUCUGCAGUCAGACCACCUGCAGUGUGUCAUUAAACAGGUUUCAUCAGAAUCAGGAGACAGCACCGAGUGUGUUGCGGAGGAAGCGUCUCUGAUUCUGGAUGAGAUGGCUCACCGUAUGCAGCUCAGCACUGUACGCUUCUUUGUCUUUACGCUCAGCAAAGCCUUCAAGAGACUCUUCCGCAGCGUGUGUGUCAAUGAGGAGGGCAUCCAGAGACUCCAGCAGGCUGUACAGGAACACCCAGUGGUUCUCCUGCCCAGCCACCGAAGUUACAUGGACUUCCUGAUGAUGUCCUACUUACUCUACAUGUUUGAUCUUCCCCUGCCGGUGAUUGCGGCUGGGAUGGAUUUUAUGAGCAUGAAGUUCAUUGGUGAGAUGCUGCGGAUGUCAGGGGCUUUUUUCAUCCGUCGGUCGUUUGGAGGUGAUAAACUUUACUGGGCUGUGUUCUCUGAGUAUGUGAAGACCAUGCUGAGGAAAGGAUAUGCCCCAAUUGAGUUCUUCUUGGAAGGAACUAGAAGCAGGACGUGCAAAUCUCUCACACCAAAGACGGGGUUGUUGAAUAUUGUGAUGGAGCCGUUUUUUAAAGGAGAGCUGUUUGAUGUGAGCCUGGUUCCUGUCAGCAUCAGCUAUGAGAGAGUUCUAGAAGAGUCUCUGUACGCCCGAGAGCUGCUCGGCAUCCCCAAGCCCAAAGAAUCAACCUCCGGUCUGCUGAAGGCCCGGCGGGUCUUGAGUGAGGACUAUGGCAGUAUGCAUGUGUAUUUUGGUCAUCCUGUAUCUGUGCGCAGUCUGGCAGAGGGAAAAAUAAAGCGCUCUCAGUACAACCUGUUGCCCAGGUACAUUCCUCAGAAACCCAGCGUAGACACUCAUGAGUUCCUGAACGACGCUGCGUUCCGUCUGGUGCGCAUCCAGGAGGAGAACAUGGUUCUGAAGCCCUGGGUUCUCAUCGCCACCCUGCUGCUACAGAACCCUGAAGGCAUGGACCUCUCCUCCCUCACAGAACAGACAGACUGGCUCAGACACCUGGCACUGGCGUUUGGAGCGUUCUUGGACUGGCCGGAUCAUGAGGCCUGCAGUGAAGUCAUCAGCUGUAGUUUAGCUCUGCACAGACGCGUGUUGAGUGUGUCUGCAGGCCAGGUUCAGCUGAGCGUCACGGAUGGGCCGCAGGUCGAGACCACACCAGAGGAAGCCGUGUUUCAGCGAGCGGUCGUUGUGCUCUCUUGCGCCUCCUACAGGAACCAGAUCUUACACGUGUUUCUGAGACCUGCUCUCUUAGCGGUGGCCAUGCAAAGCGCAAACUCCAGUAGAAAAGAUGAUAUCUACAACUGUUUCAACUUCCUGAGGAACAUGUUCUCCAAUGAAUUUAUUCUUUGCCCUGGGGACUCUGUUCAGGACUUUGAAGAAGCGUGUUAUUUGCUCAUGAAGCGUGGCGUGUUGCAGGUAUUGGAGCAUGAGAUUGUGAUGUCAGCGAGCGGUCAAAGCACCCUCGCUUUCCUCUGUUCGGUUCUGGACCCCUUCCUGCAGGGAUACCAGGUGGUGUGUCGCUAUCUGUGUGAGGAGACUAAUGAGAACCUGACAGAGAAGGAGUUUAUUCCUGCUGUGAGGAGUUUUGCACUCAAACUCAUAUUAGCAGGUCGCCUGAAGUGUUGUGAAGCUUUAUCCUCAGACCUGCAGAAGAACGCUCUAGCAGCCCUUCUGAGGCUCAAAGCCGUGAGGAAGGUCAAAGUAGGAGAUCAGGUGACGCUGAAGGUCAACAAGAUUGCAGUGAACUCAUUGGAGGAUACGAUGGGAGGUAAAAUUCCUACCCAGAAGCCCAUCCUCGCGCGACUGUAGUCGCAUACGCACACAUGGAGUCUCUGGAGGGCCAAACCUAAACUGCCUUCAUUAACAUAAUGCCAAAUUUUGCAAGGUAGCAUGGCUGCGCUGACUACAAAGGUUACCUGUCAUCGAGCUUUAAAGGGACGUCACGGGUUUGCCAUCUGGGACACCCACGCUAUGCUAGAAGCACUCUUUUUAUCUCUCUCCCUCUCCAACAAACUUGACAGCAGGUUGCCGUGUCUAUGAUCGGCCUUCGAUCCUCACCGUGUCUUUAUCAGACGAGUUUUAAACUGCUCUGAUGUUGCCAAGUAUAUAAAGAAAGUGACACUUUAGAUUUUUUUUUUGCCUUUGAACAUCCACCGUUUGCGUGUGUUUUAUCUAUGUCUGCACUAAAGAGCCUUCGCUUUGAUGUGAAACACUCUUACUGUUUGUUCUCACUGGAUUUAUGUUGGGUCUGUUAUCGUUUCUUCGUGACUUGUCAGAAUUGAACUGUUUUCUUUUGCUCUCUAGAUAUGGCUGUCUGUUACGUUUGCUACAGAUCAAGGUUUUUAGGGAUAGUGUUACAAAUAUAGGUCACUCAAACGUGUUAACUUCUUCAGAGCUAAAGAAACAAUUGUCUUUUUCUUAUUAAAGGAAACUUGUAGUUAAAAGAACAGUUCACUUAAAACUAACAAUUUGCUGAAAAUUCACUCAAGUCAUCAAAGAUGUUGACAUGUUUAUUUGUUCAUCGGAACAGAUUUGGAGAAAUAUAGCAUUGCAGUGCAUCACUUGCUCACACCAGUCAAUCCUCUGCAGUGAAUGGGUGCCGUCAGAAUGAGAGUGCAAACAGCUGAUAAAAACCACAAUAAUCCACAUUUAACAUCUCUAACAUCUGAAAAUCUGAAUAUUUGUAAUGAACAAUGUUUUUAACUUGAAACCUUCUCAAGACGUUAAUUAAUGGAGUGGUGUGUAUUAUUAAAAUGAUUUUAUCAGCUGUUUGGACUCUCGUUCUGACGGCACCCAUUCACUGCAGGGAAUCCAUUGGAAAGCAAGAGAUGUAAUGAUAAAUUUCUACAAAUCUGUUGGAAAAACAAACUCAUCUACAUCAUGGAUGGCCUGAUGGUGAGUAAAAUUUCAGGUCAUUUUAAAUUUUGGGUCAACUUCUUGAUUAACAGAAAGGCUGUUCUCAUGAGCCAAAUAUGGAGACCCUUUAUUGCCAAAACAGUAUUUACAUGCCUGUUGUAAACUGCAGAUUUUCUGCUUAAUGAAUCGACAGGUUUAUUUUAUGUAUUACUGCAUUGUUUGGAUAUUUCACCCUAUCUUUCAAUAAUUAAUAUGAUGAAAUAUUUUUUAUUAUUAAAAACGAUCAGACGAUACAGAGGCAUGUCGCAUGAAACUGCUGAAUCUCUGUUCGCUCUGUUUAAUGCCCCUCUAAUGUUAUUUCAAAGCAUUAUAUCUAUUUUUUUUUUUUUUUUCAAUUAAGAAUUAAAUCAUACUGACCCGGAUUUCAAUAUUAGACAGAAUUAAACUUUUAAAAUUGUGGUGAUGCCGUGACGGAUUCAGCUUUUAAAACUUUACAAGGUUUAGAUACAUUUAUGUGCUGCACUUUUUCUAGGGGGAAAAAAACAUCUAAAAUGUGCCCAUUGUGUGAAUUUGAAUGGGAAUUCAGGUAUAUUUUUAUCCCAAAGUUUGGACUGAUCAUCAGAUAUUGUUUGUCUGUAAUCACUGAAUAGAUGAUGUAACCACAAAACGCAAGCCAAUAAGUAAAGCCAUAGCGUUCAUCCAUUCUGGGUUUGGGUCGAUUCUUGCACAGUUCAUCGAAUUAAGUAAAACAGCUGAAACCAUAUUUAUAUUUACAUUGACAAGCAGCUUUUUAUAGAUGAAUUCAUUUUGAAAUGGUUUUGAAAAAAAUUGGCAAUCACUCCUUUUGACUUUUGGACAUUUUUUUUCUAUCUAUGGAUUGAGUGUCUUUCUAAUAAUGUUAAUAUUGUGAUUGAACAUUGCUUCUGUGAUAACUUUUUGGAGAAAUGGGACUAAAACUAAAGAUUAAAUAUGCAUUAAAGUCAAGUGAAACCCAAA